AUGAGUCUGAAGAUCAACAUCAUCUGGCCUCAGGAUGCCUACAAGACCAAGCCUGACAAGAAGAAUGAUGCAGAAGAGUGUAUCAGAUGCUGGAUUAGAUGUAAAUAUGAGCAUCUUGGGUAUAGAGAGCUUUGGGUGGCAACUGGAACUGAUCAUUCAGGAUCCAACCGCCUCCAGAAGAUGAAGAGUCCCCACUUCACUGCCGAAAUCACCGACUUCAAGUACCGCCGCGUUCACUACGAACAUCGCGUUCACAUUCCCUUCGUCUUGAUUUGUCGAACGCGCGCGCUCGCCGACAACGCCCAUCACACCGAGGCGGGUGGCCUCGAGCCUAACUCGCUACUGUUGGGACCAUUGUUCGAUUGGGACGCUGCCACCGGCCUGCAGGCCGAGAGCACGCCGCACGACCAUAAGGCGCGCGCGAGAAAGGUGGCGCAGGAAGCGGUCCCGCCGCUGCCCACUGCUUCAACCCGCCGGUCGAGCAUCGUCUACGUCCGAUCCGACGACCAGCCCGCUGUCGGUACGGAGCGUCCGCAGUCCAAGCGUUCGAGCAUCGUUUACGUUAAAUCGGGCGACGAGAACGCCCCUCCGGCGGAGGGCGCCAAUGUGCAAAGGUCGACCUCCGGUCGCUUUGCGCAGUGGGGUGCCCGCGCCGUUCGCCCGCUCAAGCCGAAGGCGAACAAGGGUAAGGUGUCCCCGCCGCCGUCCGGGCAGUCAUCGUCGCCUACCGGCCUUCGUCCGCUCUCGCUGCUCCAGGAGCGCAACACCAACAUGUCGACGGAGAACGCGCACGGCGUCCGUCCUCUCACCCUCGGUCGCAAGAAGAAACUGCAAGAGGGUAUGGACCCCGUUGCGGAGAACGCAGCGCUCGCGGAGGUUGGCAACACGAACGCUGGUCUGAAGCCUCUGAAGCUUGCCCGGUCGGAGACGGCGAAGAAGCGCGGGUUGCUGAUGAACCGCGCGGGCGUCCCCGAUGUGGUCGUCCGGCCCCCAUCUGCCAGCGAGCACGUCGGCUUUGGCUACAGCUUCCGGUAA